AUGUCAAUUGCCACUGCUAAUACAAAUGAAUUAACAUUCCUAGAAAAAAAUGUUACAGUAUCACCAUUGGUACUUUUAUCAGUAGUAGAUCAUUAUAAUAGAGUAUCAAAAGAUAGUAAAAAAAGAGUUGUUGGAGUAGUAUUAGGAGACAAUUCAACAAAUACAAUAAAAGUAACCAAUUCAUAUGCAAUACCAUUUGAAGAAGAUGAAAAAAAUCCUGGAGUUUGGUUUUUAGAUCAUAAUUAUAUUGAUGCAAUGGGAGAAAUGUUUAAAAAGAUUAAUGCAAAAGAAAAAUUAAUUGGUUGGUAUCAUUCAGGACCAAAAUUAAAAUCAUCAGAUUUAAAAAUUAAUGAUUUAUUCAGAAGAUAUACAUCAAAUCCUUUAUUAUUAAUUGUCGAUGUUGAACCAAGAAAAGUUGGUAUACCUACUGAUGCGUAUUUUGCAGUAGAUGAUAUUAAGAAUGAUGGUUCAGCUGCCGAAAAGACAUUUGUACAUGUUCCAUCAUUGAUUGAAGCAGAAGAAGCGGAAGAAAUAGGAGUUGAACAUUUAUUAAGAGAUAUUCGUGAUCCAGCAGCUGGUAAUUUAUCAUUAAAAGUAACUCAAACUUAUCAAUCUUUAUUAGGUUUGCAUCAAAAAUUGAGAGAAAUUGCAACAUAUUUGGAAAAAGUAUAUACAAAAAGUUUACCUAUGAAUCAUACUAUACUAGGAAAAUUACAAAAUGUUUUUAAUCUAUUACCAAAUUUAGUCCAACCAAACGGUACAAGUUUAGACAAGGAAGAUAGUCAAAGUUCAAAUGAGUUAUCAAAUGCAUUUACUGUAAAAACCAAUGACGAAUUAAUGAUAAUUUAUAUAAGUACAGUAGUACGAGCUAUUAUUGCAUUCCACGAUUUAAUCGAAAAUAAAUUGGAAAAUAAAAAAUUAAAUGAAAAGAAAGCUCAAGAUGCUGAUACAAUUGUUGAAGAUACAAGUAUAACGGUAGAAUAA